AUACACACACAAUCCCUAUAAACUCUGGCUCUGGCGGUAUUUCUUCAGUAGACUGCUUCAGCUCGUUCUCACUCACACUUUAGUAACGCGACGUUAAUAACACGACGCCAUGCUGUCCGAGCUCGAGUGUGGGAUUUGUUACCGGCUUUUCGACACCGCUCGCCGCUGUCCACGCCAGCUGGGCUGUAAACACAGCUUCUGUGAAAGUUGCUUAUUGACUCUGGCUGCGAGUCGAAGCCAAGAGCCUCAGUCCGGACCUCAGAUAAUCUGCGCUUUCUGCCGACACACCACUCCUCUGAAUGAGGAGAGAGUGAGAGACAACCUCCCUGUGGAUGAGGACAUUCUGGGUCGCCUGGAGGAGGAAGGUGUCCUCGAGGACAGCGCGAGCGAUGCCGAGGAUGAAGAAGAGCCGAGGACUGAGACAAGCAGCCAGUCUAAACAAGACAGUUUACCCAGGACGCAAAGGGGACGAGUGUGGAGGUCCAUCAAGCGUCUGUACAAGAAAAUGAAAGGACCAAAUCGGCGAGGCUGUAUUACUGAUGCUGAAAUGAGGGAUCUGGCAUUGAUGGCUUGCUACAUGAUGUAAAGAGCCUGGACCAAUGAACUUGACCUAUUGGAUUCAGACCAAUGAAGGGUUGGUACAUGGAUUAUUCCUUUCAGUGCCACCUGAACAUCUUGGACUCUUGAACAUCAGGCUACAUUGAGAGAAGGGAAAUAGCCACGAGCAGACCUAAAUAAAGGGAAGUGUAGGUAGCAGAAAGCAUCAGAUUCUCGACUUAUGCCUGCUAGAACUGCCUUGUAUUGAAUGUUUAUGUAUUAAAAGUUUUCAUACUGUGAAAAGCAGCUAUAUCUGUUGUAGGUAUAUGUUGGACUGCAGAUGUGUUUUUGACUUGCACUCUGACUCAAAUGUCAUGUAACAUAACAAAACAUGAAUUACAAUUAGUGUUAACUUGAAUUUGGCUGCAUGCUCCUAAUGUAUAUUGUCCUGUAUUUAUUAUGCUAUUAAACUUAAUUUUCUAUUGUUUAAGUUUUAAUUAAAAAAAAUUCUUGUAUUUUUAA